AUGGACAGCACACAUAUCGAGACUGCCGCCGCCGGUAUGGCCACAUCAUCUCCGGUACUGCCCAAGGCACCAUACAAGGACCAGGACGUUCAGGAGGUCGCAGAGGUCAUCCGCAUUUUGGACGAGGCAGUCAAGCAGAAGAAGCGCUCUGCUUUUAGCAUCAAGAAGACGCGUUUUACCGUCAGCAACUCCGAAGAUGGAUACUACGUCGACUCAUGGAAGAUGAACGACUGGGACUACAAGCGGCGCGACCUGCCGACAUAUGCACGUGGCCUAUUCACGACCAAGAACAAGCACGGCCAGCCGUCUAUUGCCAUCCGCGGCUACGAUAAGUUCUUCAAUAUCAACGAGGUCCACGAGACUCGGUGGGAAAACAUUGAGGAGCGCACACAGGGGCCCUAUGAGAUCACACUCAAGGAGAACGGUUGCAUCAUCUUCGUGUCUGGCCUUGCCGAUGGCACUUUGCUGGUGUGCAGCAAGCACUCCACCGGCGACCGCGGCGACGUCGAGCUGAGUCAUUCCAGCGCUGGCGAGGCGCGUAUUCAGAUCCAGCUGGAACGGUUGGGCAAGACGAAGCAGGACCUGGCACGAGAGCUGUACUCACGGAACGUCACCGCCGUGGCCGAGCUCUGCGAUGACUCUUUCGAGGAGCACAUUCUCGCCUACGGCCCCGACAAGGCCGGCCUCUACCUGCACGGCAUCAACCUCAACCUGCCAGAGUUCCGGACGUAUCCUAGCAUCUUGGUGCAGAAUUUUGCGGAACAUUGGGGUUUCAUCAAGACAGAUCUCAAGGUAAUUGAUAGUAUAUCUGAAGUACGGACGUUUCUCGAGUCUGUAGCCGAGACGGGUUCGCACGAUGGACGCGACGUUGAAGGUUUCGUGAUCCGGUGCCGCAUGUCCCCAAAGCCCGAGUCCGUGCCGUACCAGGAUUGGUUCUUCAAGUACAAGUUCGAGGAGCCGUAUCUCAUGUACCGCCAGUGGCGCGAAUGUACCAAGGCGCUGAUCAUGGGACGGACGCCGAGCUACAAGAAGCACCAGGCCAUCACCCAGGAAUACCUCAUGUACGCGCGCAAGCGGAUUGCAGCAGACCCGAAGCUGGGCCGGCAGUACAACAAGAACCACGGCAUCAUCCAGCUGCGCGAAGAUUUUUUGGCGUUCAAGCACUUGAACGGCACCGAUGCUGCCAACUUUGAGGAGGUCUACGGCGGCGGUAGCAAGACCGAGGUGACCAAGGACGUGAUUCUCGUACCCAUCGCCACGAUUGGCUGCGGAAAGACGACGCUGGCCAUUGCGCUGGGUCAUCUGUUCGGCUACGGCCACAUCCAGAACGACAACAUUACGGGCACGAAGCGGCCGCCGCGGUUUACGCGCAUGGUGCUGGACGAGCUUCAGACCCACCCGGCGGUUGUUGCGGACCGCAACAACGCACAGAAGCAUGAGCGGAAGCAGAUUCUCCACGACGUUAAGCACAUGCAUUUGUCUGCGACUAUGGUUGCGCUCAAUUUUGUUCACGACGAUGUGGAUGCGAUCCGUGCCAUUACGCACGAGCGUGUGUUUGCGCGCGGCGACAAUCACCAGACGAUCCACGCCGCGACCGACGCCAACAAGGUGGUCGGCAUCAUGGAGGGCUUCAUUCAGCGGUUUGAGCCGCUGGACCUCUCUCGUGCGCCGGAUGAGGGCUUUGAUGCAGUGAUUGACCUGUCCCCGACAGCAGGCAGUCGUGCGAACCUGGAGACGGUGGUUCGACAAUUGCACAACCUGUAUCCGAACCUGGUCAAGGAGGUGCCGUCUGCCGAGGCGAUGGACGAGGCGAUUGCGGCCGCGAUUGGCAAAUACAAUCCUACGCUGCGCCACGAGAUUGUCGACCGUGGCAAGAACAAAGGCCCUUCCCAGACGCCGAAGCAGAACCAGCCGCCGAAAGCGGCCGUGAAGAAGAAGCCGCUGGAGUACAUGGCCGUGCACGUCGCGGGCAAGGAUGUCAACGCGCAGCUCGAAAGCACCUUCAAGAACCAGCCGGCCGACGCCUCCCGCUUCUACAAGCAGCUCAAGCAGACACGCCGCGUGCAGCCCAGCUUCCAUGUGACGCUGAUGCACCGUGCUAGUGCCAAGGAGCGCCCGGAGCUGUGGGACCGGUACCAGAAGCUGCAUGCGGAUGCUGAUGCGGCGGCCGAGGCUGCAGCAGCAGCGGGUGGCCCGACAUACAUUGUGAACGGCACACCGCCCGAGGUGGGUGAGGUGGAUGUGCAGCUGGAGCGCGUGGUGUUUGAUGACCGGCUGAUGGCAUUUGUGGUACGGUUGGUGAGCAAAGAGGCCGAGGCCGGCGGCGGGGGUGCAGAGGACAACUGGACGUGUGUCAACAAGGUGUCUCACAUCACGGUGGGGACUCGCGACGACAGCGUCAAGCCAAAGGAGAGCAACGAGCUGCUGGCCCGCUGGUUAGAGCAGGGCAGCACGGAGACGAACGGCAUUACGGACAUUGUGAUUGAGGGGCAGCCCCUGCUUCCCGGUGUUUCUUCCGUAUACUAUGCUGACGACGAGGGCUUGAUCUGGUUUGUUGCCUCCACGAACAGCUUCCACUGCCGCCGUGCCUCGCCACUGCUGACGGCCAACCGUGCCAGCCGCACGCCCUCCUUCCAGCGCAGACCGCCAGGGCCCCGCUCUGUGACGACCUCUGGGUCCUCGGGCAGCGCCGAGCUGUCGGCAGGCUCUGCCAGGCCGGCCACCACCAUGAGCGCCGCCGUAUUGAUGAGCACAAACGCGAGCAGCGGGUCGUUGGCCGGGCGCUGGUUCUGCAGGAUGCUCGUCAUCGUGGCGGCGUUCUCGGCGGGCGAUUUUCCGGGUGACACGUCGCUGAGCGGGCAGGCGGCCACGCCAAAAUCGGCAGGCGAUAGCUGGAAGUGGUCGAUGACGACGUCGCUGCCGGCGGUGUCCUCGUGCAGGUACCAGCAGAACGUGGGGCCGGCAAUGGAGAUUUCGUCGAGCUCCUCGGCACCGCAGACGACCAUGGCCUUGCGCGCGCCGGUCAUGCGCAGUGCCUCGGCAAAGACGGGGCCCAGCUCGCGGCGGGCGACACCAAUGAUGCGGGUCUCGAGCGGAGACUCGCUCUCGGGGGUGUCGCGGACGUCGACGGGGCUCGCCAAGGGGCCCAGCAGGUUGAACAGCGUGCGCCAGGGCAGCUGUUUGCGGAUGGGCGCGACGUAG